AUGACAACGCAGUUAUGCACCGGAGGGCCAGCGAUGGUACACGUGGGCGACGACGCGCUGCUGACCUGCGUCGUAAAUACCCCCUUUAACAACGACACCGUGCUGUGGCGCAAAGGGCCCCACGAGAUCCUGUCGGCCGGCACGAACCGGGUCACGGGCGACCGGCGGAUCAGCGUCCUACACGACGACUCACCAGCAGGCCGGACGCCGCUCGGGGGCGAUGUGUGGGUGCUGCUAAUCAAGGAAACCCGGCUCAACGACUCGGACGUGUACGUGUGCGAGGUGAACAGCGACCCGAUUGUCAGGAGCUUCCAUCCACUGACAGUGCGCCAUGCGAAGCGGAAGGGUGCGACGGCCGGGCGGGUCGGGAACGCGACCGACACCAGCGCGACGCCUGGGCCACCCGGUGGAAGCGGUGCUUCGCCGACUUCGCCGGCCAGUCCGGCAGCAACGACCACCUCCGAGGAGGACUCCGAGGGUGACUCGUUCGACGCGUACACCGACUCGGAAGAGGAGGUCAGCGCCGACGGGGUGCCGCUGGUGACGCACGACUUCACCGACUGCUGCCACGCCAACAACGUGUCCGCGGCCUGCAUCGGCUUUUGCGUGCUCCACAACAUCCUCGACGGGUCGGCCGGCGUCGAGCCGGAGCUGUGCGAGAAGGACUUCCCGGGCAUCGUGCGGUGCAUGGCGGACGGGCGCAACCACGUGCCGUGCUGCGUCGAGAAGGGCAUCCCCGACCUGUGCCAGGACAUGUGCCGCGGCGAGUACACCCCGUUCACCGAUCUGCUCAAGUCGCGCGUCUCCUGCGUCCAGCACACGCUCCCGGGCCUGCAGUGCAUCCUGGACAACGUGCAGCGGUUGCCGUCCGAACCGCAGUCGGUGUCGGUGGAACCGCUGACCGAGCGAUCGCUCCAGAUUAGCUGGGCCGCACCGGAGAAGCUGGCCGGUAGCGUCAAGUCGUACCGCAUCGAAGCCGCCAUGCUGCACGCCUUCGACCAGGACUAUCUGGUCAACGCGAGCGACCCGGCCAGUGGCGGUGCCGGUUCCGUCAAGGUGCUCCAGCUGCCCGCCAACCAAACGACAGCCAUCCUGUCGGACCUGAGCCCCUUCACGAUGUACACCGUCACCGUGACGGCCGUCAACGAGCACGGUUCCAGUCUGCCGAGCACCCGGAUCCGGGCCCUCACGCUCGAGAGCGGCGUCGCCAGCAAGCAGACCAGCGUCGCCGUCGUGCCCGUCCUACCAGAUGUGCGAGGGUGUUGCGUGAAGAAGGGCAUCACGCACCGGACGUGUCUGGACAAGAUGUGCGACCCGGUGAAGGCGGACUUCACCGAGGUGCCGGACCUGAUGGUGUGCGCCCCGUGGGCAAACAUCACGUUCGCGUGCCUGGCGAACAGCGUCGACCACACGCCGUGCUGCAAGAGCCGCGGCAUUCCCGACGGCUGCCUGUCGUUCUGCUCCGGCACGGUGCGGGCGAUCAACUUCAACUACUUCAAGUGUCUGCAGUACAUGUCCGAGUACAGCAGCUGCCUCCUGCAGGGGUAUGGCGUGCUGUCGGGGCCGCCUUCGAAGCUGAAGGCGCCCCUCGUGGCGGCCCACUUCGCGGUGCUGGAGUGGAAGCCUCCGAAGAUCCUGCCCGACACGGUCACCGCGUACCAUCUGCACUUCCGGAAGCUGGGCAGCGGCGAAGAGUACAGCGUGCUGGAGAAGGACCACGGGCCGGUGAUCGUCGACGACCUGGAGACGGCCACCUACUACGAAGCGUUCGUCGUCGCGGUCAACGCGCACGGCAAGGGUGGCCCGUCGCCGCGGCUCGUCUUCCAGACGAAGCGGGAAGCGGGCGGCGCGCUGUCGCAGCCAUCCUCCCCGCACUACAACAUCACCGCGUGCUGCCACGCUUCGGGCCUGCUGCCUCAGUGUGCGCCGCUCUGCAGCUACGACGCGAAGAUGUCGGACAUCCAGAAGCUCGGCAACACGUGCCGCGGCCAGAUCGGAACGAUCGUGCGCUGUAGUGCGGGUGGCCGGGACCACACGUCCUGCUGCGCCCGCCGGGCCGUGCCACCCAAGUGCCAGUCGCUGUGCCGGGGCGUGAUCACGAGCUCGCCCGCCGACUGCCUGCCGUUCGCCGGCAACAUCAUCCAGUGCUUCGAGGAGGGCAUCGGCCACAUUCCGGCACCGGUCGACGAUCUGCACGUCACCGCCGUCACCAACACGUCGAUCUCGCUGGCCUGGGUCCCGACCGAGGCGGACACGCCGUCGAACGGCACGGACAACGCGGCGCGGCGGACGCUCGGCUACCUGGUACAGUACGGCAAGGUUAACAACAUGACCAUGUACGAGACGGUGAUCAAGCUGGAGCAUGAACUGAACACCACCGAGACGGACAUCGAACUGAAGGAGCUGGAACCGAGGGCGCUGUACCGGAUCACGGUGGUGGCCCGCGGAGAGUACGGCCUGUCGUUGCCCUCGUCGAUGCUGCUCAUCAACACGUCUCGCACCGAGGCGGCCAGCACGGUGUACGGGGCGCCCUCGCCGCCGCACUCGCUGGCCGUGUCGGCGCACAGCGCCACCUGGAUCAUGGUGGCCUGGCAGCCGCCGGAGUUCUCGCACCCGCACGAGCCCAUCACGUACCGCGUGAUCCACAAGGUGGCCAACAACUACACCGUGAUCGAUACGCGCCUGCUGUGGGUCCGGAUCAACGGGCUACUGCCCAACACGCAGCACAUAAUUUAUGUGGUGGCGAUCGGCGCGAAGGGCACCAGCCUGCCCUCGGAAACGCUCGUCGCGUGGACGGACCCGGCGCUGCCGGCCUACGUCGAUCCACCGACGGUGCACCCGUCCGACAUUAUCUCCGAGGGCGGCUCCAUGACGAUCCUGUGCCUGGCGAUGGGCAACCCGGCCCCGACGAUCUCCCUGUACGUGGGCGGGCACCUGGUCCGGCAGGACACGUCGCGCCACAUGAUCACCGUGAUCCACAACGUGACGACCGACAUGGAGCACAUCUCGUGCUACGCCGACAACGGCUACGGCAUACCGAUGCAGGCCGCCAAGAAGGUCAACAUUAGCUUUGCGCCGCGGAUACAGGCGGCCGGUAUCACCGUGGCGUCCGUCGGCGAGUCGGUGGACCUGCGGUGCACCGUGCGGGCCCGCCCCAUCCCGAAGACGAUGUUCUGGCGUGACCACGACGGCCGGGUGCCGGUCAUCCAGGGUGGCAACUACGACAUGUCGAUGCGGAACGAUGUCGAUGACAACUCGCUGUACGUGAUGACGCUGACGAUCAGCAAGCUGAGCGCGCAGGACGUCGGCGACUACUUCUGUCACGCUGAGAACGCGCUCGGCUCGUCGACACGGGCCGUCUCGGUGCGCAUUCGCAACACGGCCGCCGCGUCCAACAUCUCCGAGUGUUGCGUGGCGCAGAACGUGUCCGCCGGCUGCAUGAGCGCCUGCUCGUUCUACCUGGACAUCGAAAGCGUGAUCGACCGGCCCGAGUGCAUCGUGGACUUUGACAAGCUGAUGCGCUGUGCGGCCGACGGAUCCGACCACCGCGGAUGCUGCGCGACGAAGGAGGUGCCCCGUCGGUGCCUGAACUGGUGCCGCGGCGAACCCAUCACUCCGCCCGGCCUAUGCGCCCUGCAGCACACCCGCACGAUCGUCGGCUGCUUCCAGGAGAACCGCGACCGGCUGCCGGGACCGCCACAGAACCUACAGAUGCAGGUGCUGGGCGACGAGGAAGUGCUCAUCAGGUGGGACCCGCCGCUCAAGAACCCAGCCACCGUCGAGGGGUACCGGGUGUUCUGGCACGAUCUCGAGCCGGUCAGCGACAACCUGUCGAACGUGAUCAACGGACUGGCGACAAGCCGGCUGGACGCGAAGGAAACGAGCAUCCGGCUCGAGGGCCUCAAGCCGAACGUGAUGUACGAGCUGGUGAUCAAGGCCGGCAACCACCUCGGGGCCAGCGUCCUGUCGGUGCCGCUCCGCUUCACGCUGGGGGAUCACCACAUCACCAGCGCAUCGCACGCCACGAACGCGGGCGUCGUGAGCGGGAUCAUCGCCGGGCUGCUCGCGAUCGUCCUCGCCGUCGCCGCGAUCUUCAUCGUCCGGCAGCGCAAGGUCGGCCAGAAGCAGGCCGCGAACGGUGGCGUGGCCUUCGAGAACCCUAGCUAUCUGCGCGAGAUGAACGUCGAGCACGUGCAGAUACCGGCCGUAUCGGGCCAGAGUGUGGCCGGGGCGGGCGCCGACUGGCGCCAGGAGUCGCUCCACACCGCCAACGGGACCGCCACGACCGGGCUGAGCCACGAGAACGCCGUCGUCCCGAUGGCCACCGAAGUCAACCCGUCGCUGUACGAAGAGCUGAAGCUGGGCCACGAUCGGGCCGGUUUCAAGCGGCUCGUCUCCUAGGGCGCACUGCUCCACCAGCGCCCCAGCAGCAGCAGCGUAGUCCUUGUACAUACCACUGGACAGUUUUAGAUGUGAUCCGGGAGACUCUAGACCCCACUAGACCUCCCCCCAACCCAAAAAAGGGCCCGCUAGAGAGUCAGAGCGCCCCAGAGAGCGGGUGGGUGUUUGUAUUUUGUACUCACCUCGUUAACCAGUAACACACACAGGAACCAGUACACGUAGACUUUAGAAGAAUUUAGAGCAGAACACGAGCGAGUCGGAAUGGUCCGUCUUUGCACCCUCCCGGGACCGCUGCAAAGAUUCGACAAGGCGCAAGUGCGGCGAAAGGGCAGGUUGGUUUUUGAAGCGAAACGAAACGAACGGCGACAGCUUACCGUUUGCGGCAAUAUCUGGCACCACCACUGGCACAUGGAGCAGAGAGCCACGGCCGAAAGAGGUGGCCGAAUAUGUUUCUCCUGGCUCGCGGCGAUCUAUUCCGGGCGGAUGGCCACAGGGCAGCAACCUAGUCUAGACGGUUCUAGUCAAGCGACCUAGGAUAAGUGCGCUGAUCCUGACAGCCGGCAGUGAUGGAUUCCUCGUCCGUACCGAACGCAAGUGGACUUGUUGCAAGUUGCCCUGGCCCAGAACCAUGAACCCGUCCGUCCGGAAGCGAAAACGCGUCGUACCGCGCCGCAGGACUCUCCAUUUGAAUCUUAGUUCGCACGCACACAUUGUUACCACGUCGCUGUUUUCUUUACUUUGUUUUUGCCAUUUGCCUGAAAUAUCAACGCAACGAGCGCACACGCGCAAAACCCAGAUGCCCGCGCCUCCCGACCGUUGAUUGUAGUUUACUGGGGUAUUGUUUAUUGUACUGUAACACAAACCAUAGCGCAAUUCAGGCCACCAACAACCCCGGUAUGUGGCGUAUGUAAGGGGAAAACCCUGCCCCGCAAGUGAAACGACGAUAACUCGUGCUCGAUGAUGGAAGCAAUAAAUU